AUGUAUUUUUACUUAGGUACGAAAGAAAAACGCCAACAGUCUAUUAUUGCACCAGCAGUUUUCCCGAGAAGCUUUGAUUCAAACAUUUCAGAUGAAUCAAAACUUGCUGAUGAUUUGCAGAACCAGACUAGCAAAGAUAUUGUUUCAGGAUCGACGGAUGCGCAAAUUGGUACGAUUAGUUUGUUUGGCGUCCCCAUUGUUUGCCUUUAUGUAGAAGAUAAAGAAAGACUUUGUCUUGCACAAAUAUCUAACACACUACUACGAGAUUUCAGCUACAAUGAAAUCCACAAUAGGAGAGUUGCGCUUGGGAUAACAUGCAUGCAGUGUUCACCAAUACAACUUGAAGUACUACGCCGUAGUGGCGCUAUGCCCGUAUCGUCAAGAAGAUGUGGACUUAUUACAAAAAGAGAAGCAGAGCGUCUUGUCAAAUCUUUUCUAGAAGACAUCCCACCGCCUAAGCUUCCGGAGAACUUUUCCUUUCAAGUAGAACAUUCCUGUGGAUGGGGCUGUCAGGGAAUGUUUAUGCCAUCUCGAUACAACAGUUCACGUGCAAAAUGCAUCAAAUGUACUACAUGUAAUUCAUUCUUUUCUCCAAAUAAAUUUAUUUUCCACUAUCAUAAAACAUCAAGCAGCGCCUACAGGCAUCCUGAUGCUGCCAAUUUUAAUUCUUGGCGUCGUCACCUUCAUUUGGUAGAAUCUACUCCAGCGGAAACUAUGCUGUUUGCAUGGGAGGAUGUAAAAGCAAUGUUCAAUGGAGGCUGUCGUAAGAGAACAUCUAGUGGGAAACCGAACUUUACUCUUUCACCCAACAGGUCAAGAGAAUCAACAGAAUAUAAAUCUCCAGUUGUUCCAUCAAUGAUGAGAACGUAUCAAGGAAUGCAAAGUACGGAUUUGUAUCGGCUAAAUAUGGCAGACAACAUGCAUUCUGCAUUUCCGGUUCCAGCAAGUCAUUCACCAGUGGCCUCAUAUGGCGACAUGCUACGAUCAAUGAGUCUGAAUUACACUCCUUGGUGGAAAUCCUUGUACAUGCAACGUCAUGGUGUCCCUUCAUCAUGCAAUGUUCCAUUCAGUCCCGAAUUCAACAUGUCCAGUUACGGACAUCCACAGUUCCCUUUGCCAUUAAUUGAUACCACCGAAUCAUUCAUGGAUGAAAUGAGUAAACUCUCAGAAAUAACGUCAAGCCAAGAAAAGAAAGAUAAGAAAAAUGAGAAUAUAAGUACAACUAAUUCGCCGUCAGAAGAAGAAAUUGUUGAUCAAUUUUCAUCGUGUAAUGAUGACAGCAUUGAUAUUGAAACAGAAGAGAAGACACUCUGUAAAGAUCAAGAGGAAAGUCAAAACAAUAAAAUAUUCAGUGUUUGCAGCCAUGAGAACAGUAUCCGCGAAACUAAGUCUAUGGAGGUGGAUCAAACGGAAAAAAUGAAAGAAAUCCAGGACAAUGACAAAGAAGAAGGCAGUUCUGGUGACGACGACCUGUUUGACGACAGCGAUCUUGAAUCGUUUUCAGUCGAUAAAAUAAAAGAGUUUUUAAUCAAAGCAAAGAUGCUACGAAAACAGAAAGAAAAGAAACGAAAAUCCCAUCAAGGUGUAAGAUCACAUGACGUCUCAGCAGGAAGUGACGUAUAGGAUAAAACAUUAAUAACAGUUCACAGAGGACAUGAAAUGAUAUUGUUGAAAUAAAUACAAUUUUACUUUUUUUGUCGUUCGUGAUAUUUAGUGCUAUAUUAAACCAAAGCCUGUAUUAGGUGCAAUAAAAUUGUGUGAAUGCUUAAAUAAUUUUCUAAUAACAUUCGUUGAAAAUGUUAUAAAACACAGAUGUACCUAUAUCGUCGAAAGAAAAGGAACAAAACAACAUUUUGUAAAAGUUUGGGAUACAGUUUUUAAAGGACGACAUUUUUGUUUAUGAUAAUAAUCUUUAUAUUUGAAUUAUCUUCAGAUUGUUACACGUUGUCACUUCAAACAGGACAUUCGCUUUCUGCCGACUCGCUUCAUUAUAAAAUCAUCUCAAAGCUCAAUAGACUAUUUUCAUUUUACCGACUUUUGACUACGGAUUAUAUAAUUUUUCGACAGGUUACCUUUUCUGUGGUUGAACAUCCUGGUACUCAGUCAAGUAAGAACAACCAAAAUAAGAAAAAUCAAACAUAUAAUUGGUGUAAUUUAAGGUGAAAGUUUACUGUUUUCCGAUGAUUUUUUGUCGUGUAAAGAAAAUAUAAAGCAGUUAAUUUCCCCCAAAAAUUGUACCGAUUAAAAGCUUGGUAUAACUUCUUUACCUUGCUCUUACUUGACUUGGUACCAGGAUGUCCUAUAUACCAUAAUCUUAUCUAAGGAAAUCUACGAAAAACAAAGGAAGCGAAUGGAAAGACCUGCUUUGUGGAAUAAAUUAGGAAAAUAUGAGGAUGUCAAUCAGUUCAUUACCAUAGUGCCUUUUUUGUGAAUGAAUUUCGUUCGAGUUUGUUAUUUUGUCCCUUUUCUGAUAGAUAGAGUGACAUAGAAAUUGUGUAAUUCGUACAUAAAUUAUAAUUAUAUUCAUGUUUUUGCCAUGAACA